CCCUUGGUAUGCAGUAGAUACAGAGCCUACGGUGAGCACUGAGGUUGCUGGUGCUCUCUGCCCCAGACCCUCGCUCCACCUCGCCUCUGCACGCCGCUACUGGGCGCUCUGCCCCCUGAGGAAGCCUGAGGCCACUGACCCACUCCUGGAGCCAUGGUCCAUGGGUACAAAGGAGUCAAGUUCCAGAACUGGGCUAGGACCUAUGGCUGUUGCCCAGAGAUGUACUAUCAGCCCACGUCCGUGGAGGAGGUCAGAGAGGUGCUGGCCCUCGCCAGGCAGCAGAACAAGCGGGUGAAGGUGGUGGGUGGUGGCCACUCGCCGUCAGACAUCGCCUGCACUGAUGGCUUCAUGAUCCACAUGGGCAAGAUGAACCGGCUUCUCCAGGUGGACACAGAGAAGAGGCAGGUGACUGUGGAGGCUGGCAUCCUCCUGGCUGACCUGCACCCACAGCUGGGCAAGCAUGGCCUGGCCUUGUCCAACCUGGGAGCUGUGUCAGAUGUGACCGCAGGGGGCGUCAUUGGGUCUGGAACGCACAACACUGGGAUCAAACACGGCAUCCUGGCCACCCAGGUGGUGGCGCUGACCCUGCUGACGGCCGACGGGACCAUUCUGGAGUGCUCCGAGUCCAGCAACACAGAGGUGUUCCAGGCGGCGCGGGUGCACCUGGGCUGCCUGGGAGUGAUCCUCACCGUCACCCUGCAGUGUGUGCCCCAGUUCUACUUGCAGGAGGUCUCCUUCCCUUCCACCCUGGAAGAGGUUCUUAACAACUUGGACAGCCACCUCAAGAAAUCCGAAUACUUUCGCUUCCUCUGGUUCCCGCACAGCGAGAAUGUCAGCGUCAUCUACCAGGACCACACCAACAAGCCCCCCUCCUCCUGCGCCAACUGGUUUUGGGACUACGCCAUUGGAUUCUAUUUAUUGGAGUUCCUGCUCUGGGUCAGCACCUUCCUGCCGGGCCUCGUGGGCUGGAUCAAUCGCUUCUUCUUCUGGCUCCUGUUCACCAGGAAGAAGGAGAGCAGUAAUGUCAGCCACAAGAUCUUCACCUACGAGUGCCGCUUCAAGCAGCAUGUCCAGGACUGGGCCAUCCCCAGAGAGAAGACCAAGGAGGCCCUGCUGGAACUCAAGGCCAUGCUGGAGGCACACCCCAAGAUGGUGGCCCACUACCCUGUGGAGGUCCGCUUCACCCGCGGGGAUGACAUCCUGCUGAGUCCCUGUUUCCAGAGGGACAGCUGCUACAUGAACAUCAUCAUGUACAGGCCCUACGGCAAGGACGUGCCCCGGCUGGAUUACUGGCUGACCUAUGAGACCAUCAUGAAGAAGGUCGGGGGCAGGCCUCACUGGGCCAAGGCCCACAACUGCACCCGGAAGGACUUUGAGAAGAUGUACCCAGCCUUUUCGAAGUUCUGUGCCAUCCGAGAAAAGCUGGACCCCACUGGGAUGUUCCUGAAUGCAUAUCUGGAGAAGGUGUUCUACUGAAACAGAAAGAAAAUGAAUAGAGCCCACCCCAUCUCAUCCCUCCAGUGAAAAUGAAGGC